CAAAUUUGGUAAAUCACUGCCCAGUAACGCGUAAACAUGGCUGACAAUUUUUCAUCGACAUCGAUUUGAGAGAACAACAACGGAUACAAAUAGUCGUUCCCAUAAGCGUCGUACAAGAAAGGGUGUAAAAUCUAAGGAUGGAUUACCACCAAGAUUAUGAUGAAGUUGAUGCACCACUCCGACAGAGGAAGCCUAAAGCCAAGAAUACGUUUCAGAGGGAACUGGAUGCAACAAUGAAACAAAGACGAAGCAAGGGCCUUGCUGCUGAUGUCACAACCAGUGAAGGGAGCGAUGAAGAGGAUGAGUUAAUACGACAGUACACUAAAAACCUCUCGACAACGUCUCCUUCUCGUCAACGUCCUGGCUCAGCGAAAAGAAGGCCGCCCAGGCAAUCGGAUGCCAUGCCAAAUUUGGAUGAAACGCUACGACCCAGAGAUGCUGAUAGCAUGUUUGGUCGGGGAAAUCAAGAUGAUCACCUCGACAGAGAAGUGGCGAGUUUCGACAACAGAAACCUCCCUACCGUAGGUGGCAGAAGCUGGCAACAGCAAGGUGGGAAAACACCAUCCCCACGGACAGACUCGCUGCUGGGGAGGAAAACUCCCACUGGCAAGAAGACACCUACAAAUGAUGGUCUGACAAAGGAAGACAUCAUCUUUGGUCGGAAGACACCUACUCAAGGAGGGCUUCCUGACAGUCUCAACAAGAAGCAAUGGACUCCUCCAUCAUAUCAGAAGCCAGCUGAGAGAGAAUCAGGAAACAGAACUCCUUCUCCAGCUGGCUCCCGAGGCCGAAACACUCCCUCCUCCUUGCUUGAUCCAAUCUCGGAGAGCACAACACCCCCGAGGAGGUCCAAGGUCCACUGCCACUACACCCAGAGGAGACGGGAGGCCUAUCAACAGCUGUCCAUUGAGACAUCUCCCCGGUCUGACCGACCUGCCCCACUGCCGCGGGGGAGAGGCCAGGAGGCUGAGGGUCCAAGAGGGAGGACAACUCCAACAAUGGACCUGUUUGGGAAAACCCGACCAGAUCCUGUGCGAGACGAAGUUGAGGAAAAACCCGAAAAGCAGUCACGAUUUCGGCGAGGCAGCGGAGACGGUCGUAAAACUCCAACAGGGCUAGGUGGAGUCAGUGGCAGGAAGACUCCGGAAAGAACUGCAUCGGGCAGGAAAACACCUGAGAGACUGGCAAGAAUUGAUGGUAGAAAGACUCCAACCGGACGAAAGACUCCGACUGAUGGAAAGAGAUUCACAGGACGUAAAACUCCAACAGAGCCGGAAGUGGAAGAGAAGAAGCCAGAAAAGUCCCUACUAGACUUCCUGACGGAGGACACGAUACCUAAACCUGAGCCCAGGCAGAGAAGGAAGAGCAAGCCAGGGCUGUCAAAGGAAGGCUCUGGAGAUUCAAUCAGCAACGAGAUAAUGCAGGACUUCCGUCGCUCCUCCCCGAUGCGCUCAACGAAUGAUUUCCGAGGUAGACGCGAUAUGAGCCCUGACAAGAGCUCGGUGUGUGAAGAGAUGGAGAGAGAACCAGGUUCAAAGUCAAGGACAGGGUCUGCAGGAGAGGAAGAAGGCGGCAGGACAAAGAAGUCCAGCAAUCAAACGUCCACCCACAAGGCCCUGGACAGCUCUAUCAGUAAGGUGGCAGGGGCCCAGGACAAGAGUAUGGCAUUCAUAGAUCCCGAGUCUAAGGGGAAGAAAACGGUGAAGAAGACUGAAGGAAAAGACACCAAACACAAGCCCAAGCCAAGGUACCCAGCCAUGCCAGGGGAGACAACUCCAAUCAGUGAAGUGAACUUUGAGGAUACAACCAGUAUCAGGAAGGCUAUCUAUGACCAGUGGUACCAGGAACGGAUGGAAACAGCAAAGAAAACCCUAGCGGAGAAGAAGAAGAAAGAAAAGGAAGAGGAAGAAAAGAAGAAAAAGGCCAAUGAGGAGAAGAUAACUGAGGCCAAGCUGUCCUAUCAGGCUUGGGUGGACAAGAAGAAAGACACCGUCUUUAAAGAUAAACACAGGCAGAAGAGGCAAGAGGAGAUGAAAAUAGAGAAGGAACGACAGGAAAAGGAAAGCAAAAGAUCAGAUGCUGAAAAAUUGUUUCUGACAUGGAAAGAGAGUAAAGACAAUGUACUUGUGGAGAAGGCGAGGAAAAAGAAGGAAGAAGAACAGGAGAAGAAGCAGGAUGAGAGGGAUGAGAAGGAUAAGAAAAGACAGGCCUCACACACAGCCUUCAGGGGAUGGAAAGCCAAGAAAGAUGUCGUUCUGGUGAAGAAAGCCAAAGAAGAGAAAAUCAAGAAGAAGAAUCAAGCUAAAGACGAGGAAUAUGAUAAGAUAACUCGCAUGAUGAAGAGGCCAUGGACCGAUACCAGGAAUGGCUCAGGAAUAAGGAAAAGAGAGAUAGAGAGAAUCGAGGAUACAAGUCGGCCUGGAGCCCAGCUUACAGGUUACCCUGAGGUCUGAGGAGGACUACAAGCCGGCCUGGAGCCCAGCGAACAGGACCAUCCCGUUUGGACGCUGACCACUAGGUGUUCUGUCAUGCAUUUCGGGGGGUGCGGGGGUGGGGGUUCCGUUUAGGAGGGACACACAGUGGACAUGCUGUCUUAUAACCAGGUGCACAUUCAUCGGUGUGAGAAAAGAUGCAUGGAACAAGCCCUUGUUAUUGUAAUGACACAGUGGACAACUCCAUUGCUGGAGUCUCCGCUUUCACCACAUGCUGUGAUAUUGCUGGAAUAUUGCUAAAAGCGGCGUAAAACUAAACUCACUCACUCGCUCUUGUUUACUGACUGUUAUGAAGUCUAUUUUCGGUGUUGCAUCUAUCCAGUCAAGAGGCUUAAUUUGUAUUAUCAGAAGAUGCUGUCAUUGAAAUAGAAACCAAGGGAUAAAACUAUCAGUUGAGAUUCGGAAUCACUUGGAUGUAUUCUAUUGUAGAUAUUGCGGUGGGGUAGCCUAAUCGUUAAAGCGUUCACUCGUCUUGCUGAAGACUCGGGUUCAAUCGUUCACAUGGGUACAUUGUGUCUAUUUCUGGCGUCCCUGCCAUGAUAUUGCUGGAAUAUUGCUAAAAGCGGCGUAAAACCAUACUCACUCAUUCACUCAAUUGGAGAUGAUUCACAUUGUCUGGCUUUGUGUCCCAAUAA